GAAGGGGCGGCGUCCAGCAGGGGAAGGACCCAGCCGUGGGAUCGGGGCCGCCCUCUGCCGGACCGCGCGGAGAACUGCGGCGCGCUACGCUCGGGCCGGGUGAGAAAGGAAGAACCGGGGGGAGAGGCCUCCGCUCCGUCACUUACCGGCAAAACUGUAGCCGAUGCUGCUGCUGCUGCUGGGAUCCUUUGGGGGCUUCACCCAUAGCAGGAUUAGGAAGGCAGGCAGGGAAGCGGGGAUCCUCUUUCGCACCCAGCCUGUGCCGUAGCAGCCAGUUGCAGCUGCGCAUCCCCGACGCCAGAAGCCGCCAGGCCUCCAAAUCCAAUAAUAAUAACCCCAACAAUAAUAACCCCAAGGCAGGAGAGUUCACACGAUGCGCCCGAAAGAGAGGUAGGUCCUCGCCUCUCUCUCUCUCUCUCUAUUGCGGGCAAACCUCGUGGAGGGCGAAGUUCUCCUGCGCAGCGUCCGCGGGCCCGUUAGACCCGAGGCGGAGGAACAGAACGGAUGGCCUUGCCACGAAGUGGUCCAGAGGGGGAGAGAGUGAGAGAAGCGGGUCUGCAAGGAGAGCAAGUGUCAGUGGGGUUGUUGCGGGUGAGCAUGGCUGGCUUCCGGCCCUCUUCCAGGAUAUUUCCAUUCAUCUCCCCCUCCGCCCCCUCCCAGUAAGAGCUGUUUGACAGUGGAACGGAUUCCCUCAGAAGGUGAAGCAGUCUCCUUCAUGGGAGUUUUUUAAGUAGAGGUUGAAUGGCCAUCUGUCAGGGAUUCUUUAGUUGCAUUGCAGGGGGUUGGGCUAGAUGACCCUUGGGGGUCCCUCCCAACUUACCGUUUGAUGAUUCUGCCAAGCUUUCUGUCCCCUGCCUUGGCCUCAACAGUCAUCCAGCCAGUUCCAUGCCCAUCUGACAUUCUCAGGAGUCAUUAGGCUGCUGUCUCCCCACUCCAAACGGGUUUUGUUUCCCAAACUUUUCUUGUACUUAUGCCAACCUGGGGUGUUCCCCCCCGCCGCCCACUUCAAACCUUGUUUGUGGCUGCUGGUUCCAUUGAGCGCAAGCCCUUGGAGAACCAGUGUGGUGUAGUGGUUAGAGUGUAAGAGUAGAACUUGGGAAACCAGGGUUCAAAUCCCCUUACUUGGCCAUGAAGCUCAUUGGGUGAUGACCUUAGGCCACUUGCCGCCUCUCAGCCUAAUCUACCUCACAAGGUUGUUGGGAUUCAGUGAGGACAGGAAGGUCCAUGCAUGCCACCUUGAGUCCUUGGAGAAAAAGGUGGGUUAUAAAUGCAAUAAAACUACUGAGGUCACUGCUAGUAUAUAUAUAUCAACCUUCACCCAAGCUGGUGCCCUCCAGAUGUUGGAUUAUCAGGUUAGCAAAAGCUGAUGUGUACGAUUCCAAAAAUGAAAUUGUGCCUGAAGUGAUUGAAAAAUGCUCCACGGCUUCACUACCAACUAACUGCAAGAUGCGUUUGACAGGUUGCUUAUUCAUGGAGCAACCCAACCACUUUACAAAAAGUUAUGAUUCUAAAAUCUGGUUAAAUUGGAGCUGGAUCAUGCUUUGAAGAGUUUGUGAACUUUACUAGAAGAACAAAAGACUCAAAGUUGUAAGUCAUGAUAUUGGAAUUGGAUAGUCAACGUUCACACCUUUCAAAGGAAAGGAAAGAGAUCUUAAUCAUGCAAUCUCAGAAUGUUCCUUCCAUGGUAGGAAAAUGCUCUAAAAUACUAUUGCUGUGGUAAUUGACUCAUUGCAAAAUUCAGCUGGUUUUAUAAACAAGACUAUGCAUCUUAGUCUUGAUGCUUACCUGGUGCUUUCCCGCACUUAGCCAAAUUAGAAAAUAUUUGGGAGAAAUCUUGCAGCUCAGAAAUAAUGAGCCCCACUGACUUAUUUUCUAUUUUGCCCUCGUUUCCCUUAGGGAAGCGGACAUCACCUGCCUUCUUUGCUGCUAUCCACCCCCACCCCACCCCCGCGCCCCAAAAGUAUUUGUAAUGAAUUUUAAUAACAAAACAAGUUGCAGGAAAAAAAAUGUUUUUUAAAAAGAGAAAGUUAUCACAGUUGCGAUACAACGAUACGAUUUACGAAGUCAAAUAUAAAAACACACCAAUUCGAUGCUGAAACAUGAUGAAGAUUUCCACCGUUCUUCUUACCGCUCGGCCCACACGCGAACGCGCGGGGAAAGGCUCUCCCGAAGCGACCCGUAAGCGACUCCCAGCGCUACGCGUCGCGAGUCUAAACGUCUAUAGCCACUGCCGGAUGGCACCAGCAUGACUUCUGCAAGCUUCGCUCAUCAAAAGAGGCGCUUUUGCGCAGUAGUCCCUCUUUCUCUCUAGGUGGCGGAAGUGGAGAUCCUGACGUGCCGGCCAUGAGUAGAGUGGCGGCGGUCGCGGGUCUGGUGGGCUACAGCAGCUCCGACUCGGAAGAUGAGAGCGCAUCCUCGGGAGCACAAGGGGAAGGCGGCGAGGCCGGCGGCGCAAGCUCGGCGGAGGGGCGUCAAGGCCGCCGCUCUCCCAGCGACAGGUGGGCGUAUCAGUUCCAACACGGAAACCCCCCUUCCCUUUCUGCCGGAAAAGACACGCACAAAAGGAAGACGGGGUGGGGAGGGAAAAGGAAAAAGGCAAACUCGGGCACCAGUUCUUAAAUAUUUUUUGUAAACAUUUUUGUAAAAUGGCAGGUUCUUAUAAGGACCAUCUAGAUUGGGAACAAUUCAGAGGCAGCAGGAACAGUUGGGCUGGGUCCUGCUUGCUUUCUCUCUCCCCCUGCCACCCCAUGGACUGGUUUGUGCCGCUGUUGCCCCUUCUUCCUCCUCCCGGCACCUUUUGGUGGAUACCUCCCAACAGUUCCAUGCACUUCCUGGUGCAAUUGGUGCCAACUGCUUUCCUUUAAACCACCUCAGAUUGGUGUCUACUCCUCCCUUAGUGUCUCAAGGCAAGAUCUGAGCCUUGCUGCUUUGGGGCCCUUUUGGCAGGAGAAAGCACCAACUGAGCCAGGGGUCUUCUGCAGAAGCCCCAGCAACUGAGCUACCACCAUUCCUUAUUCUGUCCCAAAGCUGAGUGGGUUGGGUUUCCCAGAGGUUUGCAACAAUUAAAACAAUUAUUAAAAUGUAAUUCAGACUGAAAUCAACAGCAUAGCAAUUGAAAUAAAGCAGAUACAGGGCUGCGGUUAAUUCACAAGGCAACAAUGUUUUUGCUUCUCCACAAAAGCAGAGAGGAUGUAUUUAGUUACAGUACUUACCCUAGAGCAGGAAAAACCCAAUGCUAGAUACAAAUUUGAUGUAGGGAUGUGGUCAUCUGAAAUAUUUUUCUGCCCAGUUUUCCUCAAACCACACUCUUUCUGGGCAUGAGGGGUUGCUCUGUUUCUCCAAGCAUUGCAGAGCCAUCAGUAUCCAGUCACUCAACUUAUUUUUGCACUCAUCUGAGUGCUGAAGUUGUGGGUAGGACAUGGACUGAAAAACGUGUGCAGUGUCCAGGGGCCAAGAGUCAUUUGGCCUGUUUUGCUCCAAAUGGAGUAUUAAAAGGGCUGGGAAUUCUCUUUUCUCCCUCUGCCUUGCAGCUCAACAGCUCCUCGCCUUCCUGUGCCGGACAGCGUGCUAAGUAUGUUCAGAGAUCAGGAGGAGGCAGAGACAGUGGUGGACGACAGCAGCAAGCAUGGAGGCCGCCUGCGGACCUUUCCGCAUGAGCGAGGCAACUGGGCAACACAUGUCUAUGUGCCUUGUGAGUGCCCUUCUGCUCUUUGUCCUCUUCUCCGACCCCAGUGUCACUAGGAAGUCAAACUCUGGAAACACACAUCUUUGGGAUUCAGCCAGAAAUGGUACCUUUUCUCCAAGGAGCAGAGCCCUUCCAGCUGUUUGAUCUGUACGGCAGAGAAGUGCCAUUCCAAUGGGCAAAAGGACGGUGCCCACAGAGCCACAGUCACAACUUAAUGUGGCUGACCAGACAUCCUUAAUAGAAUUGUGCUUACUGACACAGAAUCAUAGAAUUGUAGGGUUGGAGGGGACUCAGAGGGUCAUCUAAUCCAAUCCCUGACAGAUGGCUAUCCAAUCUCUGUUUAAAAACCUCAAGUGAAGGACAGUCCACCACCUUCCUAGGGAGUCUGUUCUCCUGUCGAACAUCUCUUACAGUCAGAAAGUUCUUCCUGAUCUUUAGUUGGAAUCCCCUUUCUUUUGUCAUUUAAAUCCAUUGGUUUGGGCCCUCCCCUCUGGAGCAGCGGAAAACAAGCUUGCUCCUUUUCCAUAGGACAGCCCUUUAGAUAUUUGAAGGUGGCUAUCAUAUCACCUCUCAGUCUUUUUUCCAGGCUAAACAUGUCUAAGAGGAUAGCUCUUUUCAAACACCCCAAUAGAAUGUCACAACUGAUGUAGAAGGUGCCUGGUUCAAUCGCCAGCAUCUCCUGGUAGGGAUGAUAGAGACUCUCCCUGUCUGAAACCCUGGAGAGCCACUGUCAGUGUAGACAAUACUGAUCCAGAUGGGCUACUGGUAUGACUCUGUAUAAGGCAGCUUCCUUUGUUCCUAUUCAUAAUAUGAAGUGGGAGGGGGGAAACCAGAUCAGAAGCACCACAGAUAAUUUAACUGCAACAAAGUGUUGCGGUGUAAAGCACCACCACCACACACACACCUUUCAUAAGAGCUGACCAACAUUCCCCCAAUUACAUGGGUGACCCUGAGUUUUGGCAGGUGGCUUAAGCCAUAUCUAUGACACCCACACCCUGGGUUUGGCUACAGCCAUAUCUGCGGUGUCUUUCCAAAACCACCAUGGACCUUUUUCACAGACACCUCUGAGCAUGCAGCUCUGCUCUUUUCUGCACAAAAAAAAACCUUUUCCCCCUACCCCAAAGUUCCUGGAAGUUGCCAGAUUGCCACCUUCCUCCCCACCAACAAAGCACACCUCAAAUCAUUCCACAGCCAGUGGGCAGUAGCAAAUGAGCAGCAAGUGUUGAGGGAGGCCCAGAUGCAGACCUCACCUACUCACUCCGUGGGGUCUCUGCUUCUUGCCUUGUUCUGUCCCAAACCAGAACACCAGCUCAAUCACACUCUCCUGCUCUUUGUGCUCUCCCCCACCCAAUAUACAGAAUAAUGCUCUGCUUCCUCCAAUAGCAGAGGUAAUAUAGAGCCAUCGUGACUAGGGGAGACUUGGGGUAGACAAAGAGCAUCUUUCUCUACCCAUCCACAGGUACUGGUUGGUAGUGGCUGUAGGGUAGAGGAGGCCAUUGUAAUCCACAUUUUACAGAAGAGAUUUGAGGCCUGGAAAGUAUGACUUGCCACCAAGUUGCCACCGCAGCUUAGCAGAGAUGCACCCACACACCCACCUGCUCCAAUCCUUCACUGUUGUUCUACCGUUCUUUACAGAUGAGGCUCAGGAGGACUUCCUCGACCUGCUCCAGCUUCUCCUCCUGCGUGCACGUGCAUCCGUGCCAUCGUUGACGGCUAUGGCAGAGUUCCACAUCAGCCUUUCUCAGGGUGUAAUCCUGCGCCACCACUGGAUAAGCCCUGUUGUCCAGUCCCUCAAGGAACACCUGGCUUCCUUCCCCAGGUAAGAUGCUUUGGACCCUUAGACCACGCCUUCCUCUUGCACUUUUGGCACCACCUCCCCUUGACCUAGCGCAUAUUCUUAAUCCGCGCUUCUUCUGUGAGGAAGCAGACAGGGCAUUACUGACCCACACCAAAAGACACCUCUCCCUGUUCACCCCAGAAUCGUGAUGUGGAAUGACUCGUGGAACUCACCCACCCUUCCACAUGGUUACUAAAUCAAUUGACCUUAUUCCAUUUGAAAAUUUGUGUGCAGUUUUUAUACUUUAGAGCAGUCUUUGCUACAGCCUGGUGCCCUCUAUAUAUUCUGGCACUGCCUGGGGCUGAUGGGAGUUGUAGUCCAAACAUCUGAAUGGCUGCGGCAAGAGCUGUUUUAGAGAACAGCAGCAAAACCUGGAUCAGUAAAAGGAAGCAAAGGGAAAGGUAAGUGUGGAGAGCUGUAAUUGCUGGAAGAGAGUGACUUAAAGGCUCCAGGGAGGGGCAAAUCAGAAAAUGCACUCCCCAGCCCCUGGGUCUCAGUAUGCCUUACUUCUUCUCCCCUGUCCUCCUUCUCCUCUUCUCUUCAUCUUGCAAAGGAAUCAGAUGGAUUCUUUCCCCAUUUCAGGUUCACCUGUAGAGCAGAUCGAGUGAAGAUUUACACCAAUGAUCCCAAAAGCAGGUGAGUGAAUGGCACUGAGGCUACUCCUCAGAGAGCAAUAGGCUGCUUUGCAUCAUGUCCUCAGGCUGAAAUUGCCAGCCAUCCUGUGGCUUGAUUGGCACAAGCAGAAUAAUUGCACAAGGACAAGGUUGGUAGAGAGGAGGGGGGAGGCCAGUAUUUGCCUCAAGUGGGGCAGCAUCCUAUUGGUGCCUCCUCAGCGCUUUGCCUUCUGGGGCAAAGUGGGCACUCACAGUAAACAUUAACACUGAACUGCUCUAAGAUUCUGUCAUAUCUCUCUGCAGGACCUUCAUUGGCUUGGAGGUAACUUCUGGGCAUUCUCAGCUCUUGGAGUUGGUUUCUGAAGUGGACAGAGUUAUGGAGGAAUUCAGUCUCCCUUCUUUCUACAAGGUAAGACUUCCACUGUUCUAAGAGGGAGUGGAGUCUGCAAAAAGAGGCUGCUGCUGAAUGACCACGGCCCUGGAAAUAAACAGUUUAUUACAUUAUAUAUAUAAUAUAUAUAGUUAUAUAUAUAUACACAGUGGUACCUCGGGUUACAUACACUUCAGGUUACAUACGCUUCAGGUUACAGACUCUGCUAACCCAGAAAUAGUACCUCGGGUUAAGAACUUUGCUUCAAGAUGAGAACAGCGGCGCAGUAGCAGCGGGAGGCCCCCAUUAGCUAAAGUGGUGCUUCAGGUUAAAAACAGUUUCAGGUUACGAACGGACCUCCGGAACGAAUUAAAUACUUAACCAGAGCUACCACUGUAUAUAGUUUAUUACAUUAUAUAUAUACAAUUACCAACCGAGUGCCCUCCAGAUAUUUUGGCCAUCAGCCCCAACCAGUAUUCCCAAAUAAGACUGCAGAUCUCAUGUGAUAUGUGUAUAAACUAGCUGCGGUAACAUAAACUUGUUGAAGAAACCAACCAACCCACCCAAAGCCUCCCUCUUUGCCCUGGAGUCUCAUUUCCAUGGAAGGGUGCUCAGCUCCUACCAGGAAUUCUGGGGUAGUGGCACCUAGCUGGGUUAGUGCAGCUUCUCCAGAUUCUUAGCACCUGCUUUUUCCUGGCUUCUGUACAGAAUCCCUCAUUCCAUCUCAGCCUCGCGUGGUGUGUUGGAAACCUUUCUGAAGAACUUGAAAGUUGUCUUCAGGAGUUGCAGGUAACCACCUCGGAUGUCAUUCACAAGCAUAGAUGUUUAAGGAAUUAAACAACCUGGAGUUCCACAGAGAGGGUACUGCAACUAUAAAGCUAUCUCUACAUCUCCUCUUCUUUAAAUCGGCCUUCCCCAACCUUAUGUCUUGGACUACAAUUCCUGCUGGCCGGGGCUGAUGUGAGUGCUGCUCCAAAAAAUAUCUGGGGAAGGCUGAUUUAAAUGUUGAUGGGAGACAGAGCAGGCACACAGGGAGGUCUGUGUAGGAGAAUGUGCUCCUUCCUGCACACAGGACCCACACUGUGAAGGGCUCCAAAAGUCAAAACCAGCAGCCUUGAACUGGACCUCAAAGCCAAUUAGUACCAAGGUAGAUAGGCCCAAAUGGGAGCACAAAGCCAUAAGAACAUCAGAAGAGAUCUGUUGGAUCAGGCCAAUGGCCCAACUAGUCCAGCAUCCUGUUCUCGCAGUGGCCAGCCAGAUGCCUCAGUGGGAAACCCUGGAAGCAGGAUCUGAGCACAAGAAUGCUCUCCUCUCCUGUAGUUUCCAGAAACUGGUAUUCAGAAGUAUAAGCCUUCUCCUACCCACAUUUCUCACAUAUCAAUAUGUCCAGCAUGCUGCCUGUUAAAUGUUCAGCGGCCAAUCAGAUUCCUGGGCUCUGCAUAAUUCCCACCCCUCUCUCCUCCUUUGUCUUUUCCAGGAGAUUGUGAAUGGGUUUGAGGACUCUUCAUACCUUGUGCGAAUCCCUGGGGCCGAAGUCCGUUGCAAGUCUGGCAAGAAGAUCUUCUCCUUCCCUUUACGGUAGGAGCUGGGAGAAUAAUCCGCAGCAGCCGCCAGCUGAGGAUGGACCUUACCUACCUUUUCGCCAGGACACAAGGAAUGGUCAGAAGCCACAAAUGAUAUUUGUGGCUCAGCAGUUAGAUGGCGGUAGCCCCUUGCCCCCAUUGCUCAUUGUUAAGGGUCUUGCAAGUGAUGGGCCUAAGGUGAAGGGUCCAGUGCUACAGAGGUGAAGGGUCCAGUGCUACAAAAGAAUGCAGAGGCUACAUUAACAGCCACAGCUUUGUGCCAGCAUGAUUAUUGAGGGAGUUGUGACAUGCAAAAGUGCCAUUCAGUUCUGAGAGCCAGUUGAAAAAGAUGCUCAGUUUUGAAGUGGACAACAGCUGUGUAGAAUCUCUCCUGAUCUGGAGGACAACAGAAAUUACCAAUUACAAGUUUGAGAGGAUCCCUGCCUCCCCCUAAAGCUGAUGUCACAAGAAGCAUUUGGCUUGAAAGUAUCCUUGCUGGUUGAGAGCAUGAAGCCUCCUGGCAAUCAGACUGAGCUGUUAGCUAAAAAUGGAUCAAAUGAGAAACAGAAGUACAGAUUGCCCCCCGCCCUUGUGUGGACAGUUUCAGAAGCCACAAAACUACCAUAUAUAUUGGGGUACAUGGAGCUGCGAGAAGGGGCAUUGGGUUUUACCAUAGUAGUGUUGUUGUCAAUUGGCCAGAUAACCGCCAGGGGGCAGUGUUGAGUUGGCUUUCCUUACCAUCACUUCACAGUCUGCUCUUAUGGAGGUUUAAUUGCCCUGUCUUCCUCCCCAUCCCAUGCUGGUUGGGGCCAAUGGGAAUUGUAGUCCAAAACUUCUGGAGGCCACCAGGUUGGUACGGGCUGCAUAAAGGGUCUAUAAAGGUAUCUCUCAGGGAAUUCUCAGCUUGCCCCAAAGGCCACCACACCAGAGUUCUGUGGGGUAAAACAGGACAGGUAUACCAACUUACAACAAGAGUGUAGGAAAAACAGCCUUGAUGUGGGGGGUGGGGUGCCAAUUGGAGCUGAAAGACGGUAUUAAUUUUUUUUUUAAAGCGUAAAUAAAUCUGCAAAGGUUUGAAUUAAGUUUUGUAUUGCUGUUACAAUCUGCCUUGGAAUUUUCAAUGAGAAACCAUAUUAACAGUUUUUAAUAAAUAUAGUUUACUGUU